AUGCUGCCGGGCCCUUCGGAUUUGAGAAAAGUAAUGUCCAACAAAUGGCGGUUUUGGACAAUUGUUGGCACCGGAGUAACGAUCGGACUCUGGGCAAUCCGCCCAGCUAUCCCGUAUAACCACAUGACAGGGGCUUUGCCCUUCACCAUGCUCGGCGAGCACUCUCGGGCCCGUGCAAUGGUAACUGAUACGUUUCCGCUGCCAGAAUUGCUGGCAGAUGAACACCACGAGCCGGUCAACGGCCAUUAUAAGGGGUGGGCACCGACGUUGGAUGAAUCGGGUCACACUUCUUAUGGAGAGAAUAAGCCGGCGUGGGCACAGGGCCACCUUCCUCCUGCAUUUGAACGAUGGAUCGUGAAUCCUGACGAAAUUGACCCGGAGAUCAGUUUGGUGCUGAACACGACUGAUCCUAAAGAUGAGAACACAACAGUCGUGCCUCGCCACUACUUCUACAACCCCGUUCAAGAUCCCAUGCGGAUAUCCAACCUUGAUCUGGAACCGCUUGCUCCUCUGCAGGAGGCUCUGAAGGACCACGCCAUCCCGAUCAACCACAUUGUCUUCGUGUUUUUAGAAAGCGGUAGAAAAGAUCUCUUCCCUCUCACGAACACCUCUCGCUUGUACGACCAAAUCCGCGAAUCAUACGGACCCAUUGGACCGGAGGAUUUAGCCGAUCUUCAUGACAAACUAUCUCAAGUUACCCCUGUAGCAGAAAUGCUCACAGGGGAGGAAUCCGGUUUCGGAUCACCCCCUAACAGCACCAACAGCGGACUUGGUGGUCUCAGCUUUGACGGGAUCCUGUCGGGGAGUACCCUCUCCGCCAAAUCGCGUCUUGUCAACUACUGCGGACUUGGCCCGCUCCCGGUGGACUUUAUGCAUGAAAAUGAUAUCAUUCCAUACCAGCCGUGUCUGAUGCACAUCUUGGAUCUGUUCAACCAGCGCAAGAAUCCUACUGUCGCCGAUAAGAAUUCCUCUUCCUCUGCAAAUUCCACAGUCAGUCACCUUGAACGGCAAUGGCAGACCAUUUAUGCGCAAUCUGUCACUGGAGAGUUCCAGUCGCAGACGAAGCUCAUCGAGAUGCUCGGCUUCAAUCAGUCAUUGUAUUCGGAAGACAUUGACGUGGAGGGGGCCAAGUAUUUCCACGAGGGGAUGGAAAAGAUCAACUACUUCGGUUAUGCCGAAACUGAGGCCCGCCCCUAUAUCAAAGACUUGAUUGAUGAAACACUCCGUCAGAACAAAAGACUCUUCCUGUCCCAUUUCACCAGUACCACCCACCACCCCUGGGGUACACCCGAGGGCUUCCCCCGCGAAAAGUAUUUCGGCGACGCCAACCACGAGCACAUGGAUGGUUUCCUGAAUGCCAACCGCUUCGUCGACACAUGGCUAGGCGAUCUGAUGAGCAUGCUCAGCGAGGCCGGCAUUGCCGAUGAAACCCUGACCGUCUUUGUGGGAGACCACGGCCAAGCCUUCGAAGAAGACAGCAAAAUCACAGGAACCUACCACAACCCCCACAUCAGCAAUUUCCGCGUCCCCCUCCUCUUCCACCACCCCCUCCUCCCGCGAAUGCACCUCAAAGUCGACGGCAGCGCAAUCUCCAUCCUCCCAACAAUCCUCGACCUCCUCGUAAACACCAAUUCCCUCAACGCCAUCGACAAAGAAAUAGCCCUAGACCUGAUGAACGAGUACGAAGGCCAAUCCCUCAUCCGACCCUACCGCACCUCCCAGAACGGCCGCGAAGCCUGGAACAUGGGUAUCAUCAAUGCCGGUGGCUCGAUGCUGAGCGUUGGGUCGGCUGCCGUUCCCUGGCGUCUCAAUCUGCCUCUCAACAAUGACUUCGAGUACCGCUUCACGCACCUGGAGAAGGAUCCGUAUGAGCUUGAGCCCAUUACGGGGUGGACUAUGGGGGCGCUCGCUGCUGAGGUGUACUCGAGGCAUGGGGCGGAGGCAUUUGACUGGGCGGAGAAGGCGGAGAAGAUUGGGCUUUGGUGGGUUGCUGAGAGGAAGAAGCUUUGGAAUUAUCGGGAUCCUGAUCAAUAA